AUGGACGAAUUCGAUUCUUUAAAUGCUAUCCAGCAUAUUCAUAUACAAGCUAGGCAUCCAAGGAAUCGUUUGUUGUCAAUCGUUCAUGAUUCGGAAUUCAUUGACCGCGUCCUUGAAAGCUAUCCUAACUUCAAAUGCGUUGUCAAUGAACGUUGCGGCACUUGGUAUGUAAAACCAAUUCAUGCACCUUUUUCUGCGUAUUUUAAGAGUACCGAUGGCCAUACAGGACAAUGGUCUUUUAGUACUCGUCGGUUAAAUCUUCACCUGCUCGACAUAAUCCAUGACUAUGGUGGAAUUGUCCUUGUUGAUUCAACCAGGCGUGGUAAACGAAUGCCCGAUGCCUUGUCGAAAACAGUUCCCAUCUGGAUUGCUACUCUUAAUAAAUGCGUUUUCGAGAGACUGCGUCCCCAUGACUUGGAAAAUCGUCAGCUCGUAUUUUUUCCUCCUUAUCUUCCAGCUACAGAACGAUCUGCUAUGAGCCAGAAGUUGGAAGGUUUUGUUGAUUUGCUUAUGAAUUCAGGAAUCAAUUUGGAUUUUAUUUCCUCGAAAUUACAGAAGCCUAUACGUCCUUUAUGGGCCACUCCGAGUAGCACUCUAUCUUCCGCUCAGUUUGAAAAUUAUCAUACCGUGGUACUCGUGACAGCCAGUAAACAAGUACAUGAUGGUUAUUCUAGGGAAUAUGGAUUUUUGUAUGUUCAGGGUGCAGCAGACGAUGAAGAAGAAUGGGCUAGUGGACUUGGUCCUACAGCGUUUUGGAAUCAUGCUGACUACAUUUUAUCACUACCCGAGGAAGAAUUUGCUUCAAACAUUCAAGAUUUAUUGUCUAAAGUCUCCAACGAUGGUAGUUAUAAGGCUGAUGCAAAUUUGGUUUCAGAUGCCCUUACCCAUCUUGCACCGACGAAUAUACUCAUCGGAGAUCGAAGCAAGUUUUCUGCUACCGAAUUUAAAAAAACUUGCUUAAUUUUAAAUUUUUCUGCUCAACCGUUGAGUAUACCAGAAGAAUUUCACCGUCCGAUAGAGUCUGGCAAGAAGGGAGCCCAGAGUUUUCGCAAACAAGCACCUAAGCUUUUGUCAGAAUUAAAUGGGAUCAAGCCUCCAUGGGGCAUGCGAGAUUCCUUAAUCUUGUUGGACGAUCAAGGUGGAAAAGAAAUUGCCUCUUGCUUUGCAUUAUUUUUGCUUUCACUAUAUUAUGGAUCUGAUUUACAAAAGCUUUCGACGCCAUUAACACUUGACGCUUCACAGACUUACCUUGAUAAGCAUCAAAUAAGACAAAGGCUGAUAAAGAUAAUUGAAUUACAUCCAAAAACCAAUCCCUCUCGUGCUUUUCUAAUUGCCGUAAAUACUUUACUUUUAAGCUCCUCUUCUUAA